UGUUCUCUACCCUCUUUCUCAAACUCCAGUACUCUACGCACGCGCAGAGAAUCUUGUUCCCUGGGGAUUUCCAAGCUUUGAAUCACUCUAGACAAUGGUACGAUUUCCUAGUUGAAUAGCGACAUAUUUUGCAGAGAAUAUUUCUGCAUGUAUCAGUGCACCAGAAAUAAAGAUUAUGCUAAAUCUGUGGUACAUAUAGUUUGCUACAGUUUCUGCAUAAUCCGGAUGUCUAAAGAAAAUCCAAGCCCAUCCUGUUUUGUCGCCAUGAGGACCAGUUAACCGUAUAGAAUUCAGUCAUUGUUACAGAAGGAACUCUGGAUACCCGAGUAUCUAUUUUUACGAUGCAAGCAUCAGAACACCAUAGAAACUCAAGCAUGCACUAUCAACUCAUGCAACAAACGGAGCCCUACUGCUUGCCGCAGUACCAAGCCUUGAAUCAUCAGAUAUACAGCAAUGACAUCAGAAGCCAUGGAACCCACUUCCCUACUCCAUGUUCUUCUGAACUUUAUUGCACAUUGGAAUCAUCCUCUGAAGCUGGAAUUUUCAAUGCUUAUAACUCCCCUUUAACUGUGAGUUUCUCGCCUAAUGGCAGCCCAAUCUCUCAGCAAGAUUCGCAGUCAUACUCAUACCCACCUGACCAACGUCAUUCUCCUGACUAUACGUAUAGCUCUCCCAUGAGUGGGUCCUGUGUAACUGAUGAUUUGCAUAGCUUCAAGCACAAGUUGAGAGAGCUGGAGAGUGUAAUGUUUGGCCCUGACUCUGAUAAUCUUGAUAGCUAUGACAGUACCUUCAAGGAUGGAAUUAACUUUCUUUCACCUGAAAUGGACGGUUGGAGAAAAACAAUGGAAGCAAUUUCUAGUAAGGACCUGACACAGGUUCUAGUCGCAUGUGCACAAGCAGUUGCAGAUAAUGAUUUGUUGAUGGCUCAAUGUUUGAUGGAUGAAUUACGCCAAAUGGUGUCAGUUUCUGGCGAACCAAUUCAGAGGUUGGGGGCAUAUUUGUUGGAAGGGCUUGUGGCUCGAUUGUCUGCCUCUGGGAGUUCAAUCUACAAAGCUUUAAGAUGCAAAGAACCGGCAAGUGCUGAUCUUCUCUCAUAUAUGCACAUACUUUACGAGGUCUGCCCCUACUUCAAAUUUGGUUACAUGUCUGCGAAUGGAGCCAUUGCUGAAGCCAUGAAAGAUGAAGACAGAGUUCAUAUUGUUGAUUUCCAAAUUGCUCAGGGAAGCCAAUGGAUUACUUUGAUUCAGGCUUUUGCUGCUAGACCUGGGGGGCCACCCCACAUCCGAAUUACAGGUAUUGAUGAUUCAACAUCAGCUUAUGCCCGUGGAGGAGGACUAAACAUAGUGGGAAAGAGGCUUUCAAAGUUGGCUGAGAAAUUCAAGGUGCCAUUUGAAUUUCAUGCUGCAGCUAUCUCUGGCUGUGAUGUUCAGCUGCAUAAUCUUGGGGUUCGACCAGGGGAGGCUCUGGCUGUGAAUUUUGCAUUCAUGCUACAUCACAUGCCCGACGAAAGUGUCAGCACUGAGAAUCACAGGGAUCGACUGCUACGUCUUGUGAAGAGCUUGUCUCCAAAAGUGGUGACACUUGUUGAGCAAGAAUCAAACACGAACACUGCCCCGUUUUUCUCUCGUUUCCUUGAAGCUCUGGACUACUACAAAGCUAUGUUUGAGUCAAUCGAUGUGACUCUUCCCAGAGAUCACAAAGAGCGAAUUAAUGUGGAGCAGCAUUGCUUGGCAAGAGACGUUGUUAACAUCAUAGCUUGUGAAGGAGUGGAGAGGGUGGAACGGCAUGAGAUGCUUGGCAAGUGGAGGUCCAGAUUUGCAAUGGCUGGUUUCACACCUUACCCUUUGAGCUCAUUGGUUAAUGGUACCAUCAAGAAACUGCUUGAGAAUUAUUCUGAUAGGUAUACACUUCAAGAAAGAGGUGGGGCUCUCUAUCUUGGUUGGAUGACUAGAGAUUUAGUUGCUUCUUGUGCGUGGAAGUAAGAACUGGGCAUCCUGCGAGUUCUUAAGUUUGUUAUGAGUUCUCCAUAAUAAACACAUCACAUGUGGAGGAGGUUUUGAAACACCCAAUUUUGUGGUGUCGAGCUUAUUUUUUUAAAAAAAAACUUCUCAUGUUUUUUAUUAGAGAACCCGAUAACAAACACUUAAAAAUCAUACCUGAGUUUCAUCUGAGAAAAGUGCAGAUAAGUCUACUUGUCCUGCUCAAUACCUGCUCCAAGUGGAUGGAAGAAUCCUCGUUACAACAAAUGUGACUCUUCCCCUUUUCCUUGUUUCAAGAAGUUAAAUAUGAAAAUAUAGCUAGUUUUCUUUUCUUUGUUAGCAAUAUUGUUCUUCAAUGUCAUGAACUUUUUCCGGCCCUGAAUUCUGAGCACUCCAAAUUGUUUGGUUA